AUGGCGAUAGCCUCGGGAUUUUUCUCCUUGGCCGGGCGCCAGGGGAAGCCCAAAGCGCAAGCCGGCGUGGCGCCGCCAGAGCAGCCCGGCCGACACCGGCCGGCGAAGAUGAGCCCCAAGUUGAAGAACAACAAGGACAGCCUGCAUUUGCCGAACGCUGUACCUAAAGAGCGGAGAGACUCGACGGAAUCGAACCUGGAGGACGAGAUGCUGAUGGACCCGGUGAUGCCCCAGGGGCCGCAGAAACGCGCCAAGGACGGCUGGGGCUCCGAGGAGGAGACGGAGCCCAUGGCCGUCCAAACCGCCAGGGGAGGGCGGAAGUCCUUCUUUCAGCGGAUGCACAGCUCUUUAUUGACGCACGGUCAGGAGGAGGACGAUCAGGGCGCGCUGAAGCGCAUGAAGCGGGGCCCCUUCUACGCCGGCGAGGAUCAGGAUUCCGUGAUCCUGGACGAAGAGGUCUACGACGUCACCAACUUCUACAAGGAGAAGGGCUGCGCGCAGGCCCUGGCAAGGAGCGAUCGAUUCGAGCGCCUCACCCUCUUCGUCAUUUGUUUGAAUGCCAUCUAUAUUGGAGUGGAUGCUGACAACAAUGAUGCUGCUACCUUGAUCGAUGCGGCCUGGCCGUAUCAGCUGUGCGACAACCUCUUCUGCAUCUUCUUCACGUUUGAGCUGGCAGUACGCUUUGCCGCCUUUGAGAGCAAGCGCAACUGCAUCAAGGACAUGUGGUUCGUCUUCGACUCCGUCCUCGCGGAAUUCACCAUGGAGAGCUGCGCCCUGCGACUGCGGGCCUUGAAUUUGGAGCCGCCCAACAUCAAUCAGAUGAAGCAGAUGGCGCAGCAGCGAGCGGUGAAUGGCCGGAUCCUUCAUCCAGCGGGUGUCCCAAAGCAUCUCUCCCGCCCAAAAGACCAAGUCGAGGCCAAAGCUCCGGAAGGCUGCCCAGAUGCGAACUGA